UAUACUGUUAGCUUGCUAGCUAACCCUACCGUUUCCAGGUUUCGUGUCGACCUGAAAAAAAGCAAACGAAGAGAGACACAGACAAGCUACGCAGCUCAUUACGUUUUAAAUCCAGGCUGCAUAGACGAGUGGGACAAUGCCACACAACUUCCAGCCCGGAGACCUGGUCUUCGCUAAAAUGAAGGGGUACCCCCACUGGCCAGCCAGGAUUGAAGAUGUGGCUGAUGGGGCCGUGAAACCACCUCCCAAUAAAAUCCCAAUUUUCUUCUUUGGGACACAUGAAACAGCAUUCCUUGCGCCAAAGGACCUUUUUGCCUAUGAAAAGUACAGUGAACGCUAUGGAAAACCCAACAAAAGAAAGGGAUUCAAUGAAGGUUUAUGGGAGAUCCAGAACAAUCCACAUGCUUCCUAUAGCGGCCCGCCUGUUCCAGCCAGCUCGUCUGACAGCGAGGGCAACAAUGCCGGAGGAGGAAGUGAUGAGGAUGACGAUGAGGAAGAAGCCACUGUGCCUCAAAAAGCAGACUCAGGAAGUGAGGUUGACUCAGAUUCUGGGAGUGACGACCAAGGAAGGGGAGGAGGAGUGAAGAGAAAGCCACCGCCUGCUAAGCGGCCUCCCCCUCCAAAAAAGGCUCGAGGCUCGUCCAGUGACCGAGAUGUCGAGGAGAGUGGAUCCCCCUCUGAAUCAGAACCCACCCCUUCAGAGUCUGACUCCGGGAAGAACAGCGACCAAGAUUUUACUCCAGAGAAGAAAUCCGGUGGAAGAGGUGGAAAGAAAGCAGGAGGCAGAGGGAAGAAAAAGAAGGCUUCGUCUGACUCGGACUCAGACUCGGGAUCAGGUUCAGAGAAGAAAGUUGUGGACAGCGACUCAGAGGACGAGAAGCCUCGACCAGCUGUGUCCGGCUCUGAAUCCCAGUCCGGCUCAAAGUCUGAAUCAGACUCAGAUCCACCUCCCCGGAAGGGACCACAGGCACGCAAGAAAGAGAAGCCUGCACCAAAGCCUCGUGCACGGAAACCCAAACCUGCGCCGGCAAAACGAGCGCCUUCAUCAUCCUCCGACAGCGACAGUGACAGUGAACCUGACUGCAUCAGCGAAUGGAAGAAACGAGACGAGGAACGCAGGCGAGAGCUGGAGGAGCGCCGGAAAAAGGAGGAGGCCGAGGAGCUUCGCAGGCUACGCGAGAGAGAGAAGGAGGAAGAGGAGAAAAAGAAAAAAGACAAAGAAAAGGGUAAAAAAGGGAGUGACAGUAACAGCAGCAGUAGCUCAGACGAAGGCGUAGAUGACCACCCACUGAAGAAGUCCAAGAAACCCCCUCCACCCCCAAUCCCUGCGCCCUCUGACUCUGAUUCUCCACCACCAUCUGAGGUAAAGAAACCAUCCAAGAAGCCCGACAACCAGAAGAAGGCGAGAAUAAAGAAAGAGAAGGAGCGAAAAGAAAGAAAGGAGAAAGAGCUGAAAGAGAAGAAAGCCAGACGGUCGGAAGAGAAGUCGAGAGCCAGGUCUAAGCCUGACAAACCCAAACGCAAACCAGAGAGGCCGCCGGAGAAGAAAGUGGAAAAGAAAAAGGAACCAUCACCAGAAGAAAAGCUACAGAAACUCCACACAGAUAUAAAGUUUGCACUCAAAGUGGACAACCCAGACAUAGAGCGGUGUCUACAAGCCCUGGAAGAACUUGAGGCCGUGCCCGUCACAAGCCAGAUCCUCCAUAAGAACGCUGAAGUUAUUGCCACACUGAAAAAGAUUCGGCGAUACAAAGCCAGCACUGCAGUCAUGGAAAAAGCUAGUGAUGUCUACAACAAGUUAAAACUUCGCUUCGUGGGCAAGGCGGAGGUGGCAGCUAAACCUAAAACAGAGCACAAGGAACCAGCAGACGACGAGGAGACACAAAACACAGACUCGGCUCCAGUGAAUGGGGACUCGGAACAGAAAAAGGAAGACGUCGAGGUAGAAGGAAAACCAAAAUCGCCUGCCCAGGAGGAGAAUAAUGACGAGACUGCUUCAAGUCCAAACAGACUGAGCCCCGACAGCCCUGCUGAACAGCACACUCACACGUAUGAAGAAGCAGACAACUCCAUCUCCGCAGAGACGGAACCACCGGCCGUCGAAAGCUGAAAGGCCCCGAACCACCACUGCAGUGGACCAAGUGCUAAAGAUGGCGGCUUCUCCGUUUGAUGACACACAGCGCUCCUGGCCCAACAACAUUGCAACACACACCCAGCAUUUCCUACAGUAUCUGUUACGUCAAUGUUGAUGUUUUGGACACUUUGUGCUGUGAUGAUGUCAAACCAGAAGGCCCCGAUACUCAAACGUUUGGUCCAUUAUUUAUCACAGCAAAAAGGAAAGCUUAUUAGUGUGAUAGUUUGUGGCGCCACGCGACACUCUUUUGUUUUCUGAAAUGUACUUUUCCUUUUAUACGACACUCGGCCCGUCCUGGAUCCUCGCCCCGUACCCCUGCUCCUUGCUACUUCGUUCUUUCUACCACAUGAACUCUGACUUUGUUCUUUCAUAUUGUAUGUAUAUUGAUUGAGUACAUUUUCAGCACUUCUGACCGACAUUAAGGCUGGGUUAGUAUGAGAUGUAACUUUGAUGAUUCUUGUGGGGGAAAUGGAGCCAUGACGUAAAGUUUUCGCGGAUUUUGUGCAACCCUUGCUCGCAUCUGUUGGCUUAAUUUUUUUAUAAAGCCUACAAAACAUCACAAGGGCCUCUUGUCUGUGUGUAUGGCACUGUGAGGGUGGUAAAGUACUAUUUGUGAGUCUUUUAUGUUAGAUAUUUUUUAAUUAUCUGGUCUUGAUCCAGUUAAUCCAGUCUGAAAUGUAAAGCCAUUAAUUGAGUCACUUAAAACUGUUUUCCAGCUGAGGUCCACCUCCUUUUUUAUGGCCUUGUUCGCAAAUAUUUGCAUCUGCAGUUUUGUCUAAAAUAAUAAUUGCUGUGGAGUUAAAACACCUUGCACUCUUGUCUCCCCAUAGUGUCCGCUUUCAGUAACUUGUAUAAUUAAUGGAAUAGCUGUACAGAUUGAAAACUGCCCUUAAAAGCUAUUGAGAUCUCAUGUAGUUGCAGCCUAUUUUGCCAUUUUCCUGUCAUAAGCAUACAACAGGUGUUUUUAGUGCUAUGUAAAUUGGUAAAGCAUUUCUAUCAUUAAGUUGAGACUUGAAUAAAAAUCUCA